CGACAAACGUCGACUAUUUGUUUAAGUCGAGUUGUCUGCGUCUGCGUCAAAUUAACAUUUUUAAAUUAUUAUUUAAAAAACUAUUAACUGAUCAUCUUGCUGGCAAGAGACAUGAAUACGCCCGGUAUUAGUUUAUUUACGGGGGCAGAAAGUCUUAAAAUAAACAGCAGCCUGGAAAGGCAGGAGGAAGAGGAGGAGUUGAAAGAUCAAAGGCGAUUGCAAGCAGAGCUUGGUGAUUUGUUACAAAAUGGCUUUGAUGAUUUGGAAGACGAUGAGGGAACCAUUGAUUCCACAACAAAUUUUCAAAGUGACCUGGCACCAGAUGAUAUCCAUGCCCAACAUGAAGCCUUACCUUCCCAUCCAUACGGGAAUAAUAUUUUCAAUAGACAACAACAGAUACCUAACCCACCCGCUGAUCAUGCUACAUGUGAAGCUGAAAUCCAUAAUCUUAAAAUGGCUUUGGAGUCUCGUUCACGGGAAUUGGAACACUCACAGAAUCUCUUAAAGGAAGAAUACAAGGCGCGCAAUGAAUUGGAGAAAAAAUUAUCGAUAACAGAGGCAGAAUUAGAUCGAGCCUUGUCGAAUCGUAACAGUACCCAUGAGUUAUUGGUGGAGGCCAAAGAAAAAUGUUCAAACUUGGAGAAUAUGAUAGACAAACUAAAGACUGAGAAGAAACAAAUUGAGGCGGAAAAUAAUACGCUAAUAGGAAAACUGGAUACAGCACAAAUGCUAUUGGCCGAUGUCCAGAGGAAAUACGAUAUGGUUGAGCGUGACUUGAACAAGAAUAGUGAACGUAAUUUUGAGAUGAAACGCAAACAUAUGGAGGAAAUGCAUCGAGCCGAAAUGGAGAUACUGCAACAACAAAUACAGCAAACUGCCAACAAACUAGAUAAGAAAUGUUCGGAAUUGGAAGUUAUGAAUACACGUUAUCAGACCCUGCAACAAAAUCAUGAAAUGAUGCUCUGUGAUAAGGCCAGCAAAAUCAAUGAUUUGAGUCAUGCUUUGGAUCAGGCUCAGAAACGUUGCGAGGAGUUAAUGUCACGUCCCGAUUAUUUCCAAGAAAAUGUAAGGCUACAGAAACUGGUAGCCAGCCUGCAGGAACAAAUAAAGGGCAUGGAGAGAAAUAUUGCCUCCCUGACUGAACGUUUGGAAAUGACCACUGCCGAAUUAGAUGUUAUGGACAGUGUUCUGCAUCAGCACAAUCUGGAAGAUACACCAAGACGUUUGAGCCAAACCCAUGGACGGGUUGUGGGCAGUACACCGCUUAAUCCCAUCGACCGGGUGGGUAAUCUCAAGGAUGAAUUGUAUCGAGCCUUGGCCAAUGUCAAAGCCAAAAGGGAGGAGGUCAAGAGGCUGCAACAAUCUGUCGAGGAAAAACAAAACGAGAUACGUGCCCUCAAACAAGAGGAAAAUAAAUGCUUGGUACAAAUAACCACUCUAAAAGAAGAGAAUAUACGUUUGGAAAAUAAACUCAAGCUGCUGGAAGAAGAAUAUGAACACCUUAAAUCCAACAAGGAUCCCAGUGAUGAGAGUACUCAACAAGAUAACCAAUUGCAGAGCUUGAAACAAGAACUAGAAGAGCUGCACAGCCAACACAAAGAAAUCAAAAUGCAAUGCAGUACCUUGGAGCGAGAGAAGCAAUACCAAGAAGCAGAACGUAAAAAAUUGGAUUUUCAAAUUAAAAAUCUUGAAAUCGAUUUGGAGGAGUUGAAACAAGAACAUGAAAGUUUGAAAAUGAACCACGAACAGGUGUGCAAAGAAAAUGCAGAGUUGAAGCAAAGGCAUACAGCGGAUAAUGUACGCCUGGAAUUGGAGAAACAUAAAUUCCUGCUCAAAGAUGCCCAGACAGAAUGUGAUCGUUUGAAAAAUCUCUAUGUGGAAAUCUCCAAUGCCAAGGAGGCUCUGGCCUAUGAAAUGGACAAGCUGUUAAAAUCCGAUCAAGCCAAAGAGCUGCAAAUGGCUAAAGAGAAAAUUGCCCAUUUGCAGAGGUCAUUGCAAUUGGCCGAGGUGAAGACAUCGGAAUUGUCGAAAAUGUUGGAAACCGAAAAGCUGUGUCAUGAACGCGAGGUGGCCGGUUUGCGGGAAAAGUUGGAAAAGGAAAGGCUGGAGACGACCAAAGCCAACAAGGAUGCAGCCAAUGAGUGUGCCAAAUGCAUGGAUUAUGUGGCGGAAUUGACGAAGUUUGAAAUCCAAAAUCUAAAGCUCACCAAUAUCAAUGCGGUUUGCAAAAAGGAAAUCGAUGAAUUGAAGGCGGAACUUAGGACAUCCAAUGAUCACAUUUCGGAGCUCAAUGAUCAAUUGAAAUUGUCCGGGCAGCAGGAGCAACUGAUCAAAGAACUCAAAACCAAGGCUGCCCAGUUUGAGGAAUACAUUAAGUCGCAAAGUACAACGGCGGACAACUCCCACAGUUCAUCGGUGCGCAGCAAUUCCAAGCAAAUGAGUGACAAAAGUGUGGUCACCUCACCCGAAUUGGAUAGAAAUGAAACGAAAAAGAUUGAGGCGCGCAUACGCGAUGAAAUGGCGAAAAUAUUUGCUGUGGAAUUGAAAAAAUUCCAAUUGAAGAUACACCAAACCCAGGAACAAAGCCUUUGCUUGCAACGUGAGUAUCAACAUGUUACUGCCGAACUGCAGCAACGACAAAAUGAAGUGGAUCAGCUAAAGGCCGCCAUUCUGCUGGAUCGUGAAAAGAUGGAAGAAAUUCUCAAACAAAAAGACGAUGAAAAUCAUGAAAUUUUACAAAAAAUGAAUUUAGUUCUACAAAAGACCCGCGAAGAAAUGCAAACAAAAUCACAGAAAAUCAAAGAUCUAACAAAUGAACUGAAUGAAAGGCAGCAACAAAUUGAGGCCGAACGGCAGUCCAUGAAGGCUGUGAUGAAACAAUGGGAGGAGCAAAGGAAAUCUUUGGAUACCGUGGAAAUGGAAUGGAAACAGAAAUUCGUGGAUCUGCAAAAAGCCCAUGAAGUGGCCAUUAACUCUUGGCAAACUAAAUACAAUUCGGCCAAGAGAACGGCAGCUAAUUAUAAGCGCUAUUCCGAGGACAAAGAAGCCCAUAUGCUCAAAGAAUAUGAUCGUUUAAAAUUUGAAUAUGAAACCUCGUUGGCCAAAAUAGAAAGUCGUUUAAAAGAAACCUAUGACAAGAAGAGUAAAGAGCUCAUGAAUGCCCUAAGUGAUAAGAAUGCCAAUAGCAAAAAUAGCAACAAGGAAAACACGGCAAGCAAUUGUUAGCUUUAAGUAAAAGAAAUAAGCAAAGAUAGUAACCGAAGGGGAUAUAUGCUUUGUCGACCAUUUAUCUCCUUUUUGCCUUAAGCACACAUACAUAUAUAAAUAUUUAAAAUUAUGUUCUUCCUAGAUAAAUUGUAUGUAAAUUUGUUUGUUUUUUUUCCUUAAGCACUGGUUUGCUUUCAUUCAUGUUCUUUUUUAUCUUUUAUUCUUAAUUGUUAUGUAUUUUAUGACUGACCUGACAUAUUAUUAUAUUCUUUAAACCACAUAGUCUGUAUGCAUGCCAAUGUAAAUUUUGGAAAUUCCACAUUCCAUUACUAUUUUGUUUACUAACUUGUAUUUGUUUUAGAGUAUUAGAAAAUAAAGAUAAUCUAUUAAAAAUGUAUUAUGAAGAGAUUAAUAAAAAUAAAUACUAUUUUUUUAAA